AUGGUUAACUUUACUUGUGAUAAGUGUGGUGAAACUAUAAAAAAAUCAAAGGCAAAAGCUCACGCAUCAAAAUGCCGUGGAUUCUGUGGAUACACUUGUAUUGAUUGCCAUAAAUCAUUUAAAACUGAGCCUGAAUUUGAUGCACACAAACAGUGUAUAACUGAAACUGAAGCUUAUCAAGGUGCUUAUUUGAAAAAGAAACAAGAAAAGAAAGAAAUUUCAAAUGAAGAAAAGAAAAAACCAGUAACCAAAGCUGAGAAAGAAGAGAAAAAGGAAAGUAAAAAAGAGAGUAAAAAAGAAGAGAAAAAGGAAAAGAAGGAGAAAAAAGAAAAGAAAGAAGAAGAUGGUAAAGACUCUUCAAAAGAAGAAAAGAAGGAAAAAAAGAAACAUCAUGAGAAAAAAGAAAAGAAAGAAGAAGAAACUAAAUCUGUUAAAGAAGACAAACAGGAAGAAAAGAAAGAUAAAAAGGAUAAGAAAAAAGAAAAAAAAGAACAUAAAAAACAUGAUAAGAAAGAAGAAGGAAGUAAAGAAGAGAAAAAACCAGAAAUUAAAGCUGAGAAAGAAGAUAAGAAAGAGAAAAAACACAAAAAAGAAGCUAAAAAAGAAGAAAAGAAAACUGAAAGUACUAAGAGAGCACCAAAAAUUAUGACAUUAGCUGAUUUAGCUGAUAUUUCUGCUGACGAAGACUGA